UUAGCGGCGGCGCUGGGGCGCAGCCAGGCGGCCGCGCGGGCGGGGACCAGGGGCUGAACCCGAGAGCCAGCCGUGCGCACAGCUCUGCCCGCUGCCCCCAAGCGACCCCGCUGCCUGGGCUCUCCUGGGUUCUAGCUAAGCCCCCCGGGGUGCACGUCAAUUUCCUUGGGUGACUACAGCGUGUGUUUUGUUUUUCUUUCCUCUUUCUCCUGCCUGGGUGCCCUUCUCCAGGAUGGCAGAGGCGGAAUUGCACAAGGAGAGGCUGCAAGCCAUAGCAGAAAAAAGAAAGCGGCAGACGGAAAUAGAAGGCAAACGACAGCAGCUCGACGAGCAGGUACUCCUGCUGCAGCAUUCCAAGUCCAAAGUGCUUCGGGAAAAAUGGCUGCUGCAGGGUAUCCCCGCUGGAACUGCCGAAGAGGAGGAAGCCAGGCGGCGGCAGUCUGAGGAGGAUGAGUUCAGAGUCAAGCAGCUGGAGGAUAACAUCCAGAGGCUGGAGCAGGAAAUCCAAGCGCUCGAAAGUGAAGAAUCCCAGAUAUCUGCCAAAGAGCAAAUCAUCCUGGAGAAGCUAAAAGAGACAGAAAAAUCCUUCAAGGACUUUCAGAAGAGCUUCUCCACUACGGAUGGAGGGGUCGGAUGGCGAAGUGUGCUGCUAACAGGAGAUGAGACAGGCUCAGGUGCCCCAGAAACAUCCAGCCCAGACAUGACUCUGAAGAAGCCCCCGCAGCUUUCUGAGGAUGAUAUCCAGCUGAAAACCGAGAGAGACAGCUGUCGUGCCAAUCUCCUGGAGCCUGCUCCCAGACCUCUUCCCUCAGAUCACCAAAACAUGGAAAUUGAGGUGUCUGUUACAGAAUGUAAAAGCGUUCCUGGAAUCACCUCUACCCCCCAUUCCAUAGACCACCCCUCCCCAUUCUAUUCACCCCCUCACAAUGGCCUCCUCUCUGAUCACCAUGAGUCCCUGGAUAAUGAUGUGGCCAGAGAGAUCCGAUAUCUAGAUGAGGUGCUGGAGGCCAACUGCUGUGAUUCUUCGGUGGAUGGAACUUACAACGGGACAUCCUCCCCAGAGCCUGGUGUGGCCACCCUGGCUGGCAGCCUGAGCCCACCAGCCCACUCAGCCGCCCAGCCGGAGCCUGCCGAAGGAGCCGCGGGCAGGCAGGCCCCCCCGCACAUCGAGCUCAGCAGAAGCCCCUCUGACACCAUGGCUGAGACGGAAAGAGUGAAUGGCCAUCCCCCCGACCAGCCCCGGGACACGCUAGGGGACAGCCUGCAGGCCCCUGCCAGCCCCAGCUCCUCCACCAGCUCCCGCUGUUCUUCCCGAGACGGGGAGUUCACGCUCACCACCCUGAAGAAGGAGGCCAAGUUUGAGCUGCGCGCCUUCCACGAAGACAAGAAGCCCUCCAAGCUCUUCGAGGAGGACGAGCGUGAGAAGGAGCAGUUCUGUGUGAGGAAGGUGAGGCCCUCGGAGGAGAUGCUGGAGCUGGAGAAGGAGAGGAGAGAGCUCAUCCGGAGUCAGGCGGUGAAGAAGAAUCCCGGCAUCGCUGCCAAGUGGUGGAAUCCCCCGCAGGAGAAGACCAUCGAGGAACAGCUGGACGAGGAACACCUGGAGUCGCACAAAAAGUACAAGGAGCGCAAGGAGAGGAGGGCCCAGCAGGAGCAGCAGCAGCUGCAGCAGCUGUUGCAGCAGCAGCAGCAGCAGCAGCAGCAGCCCCCUCCAGAGCUCUGCACAGCCCCUGCUUCCACUCAAGAACGUCCAGGCGGGACUGAAAAGGAGGACAUUGUCACAGAACAGAUUGACUUCUCUGCCGCUCGCAAACAGUUCCAGCUGAUGGAGAAUUCCAGGCAGACGGGGACCAAGGGCCAGAGUACACCCCGGCUGUUCUCCAUCAAGCCUUUCUACAGGCCUCUGGGGUCCCUCCACUCUGACAAACCCCCGACCAUCCUGAGACCGGCUUCUAUUGGGGUAGCUCCAGAGGACAGCUGCGUGUCUGCAGCCCAGGGGCAGAAAGCCCCCGGGACGCUGGAGAGCCAGUCGGCGGGAGGAGGCCCUGGCAGCACCGCCCCUCAGGGAAAGGAAGGGCCCUACAGCGAGCCCUCCAAACGGGGGCCCUUAUCUAAACUGUGGGCCGAGGACAGUGAGUUUACCAGCGCCCGGGCCGUCCUCACCGUGGUCAAGGAUGAUGAGCACGGCAUUUUGGAUCAGUUCUCCAGAUCGGUCAAUGUCUCUUUGACCCAAGAGGAGCUUGACUCAGGUUUGGAUGAGCUGUCGGUGAGAUCCCAGGACACCACGGUCCUGGAGACCUUGUCCAACGACUUCAGCAUGGACAACAUCAGUGACAGCGGGGCGUCCAACGAGACAGCCAAUGCCCUCCAGGAAAACUCCCUGGCUGACUUCUCUCUGCCUCAGACCCCACAGACAGACAACCCCUCUGAGGGCCGAGAGGGCGUCUCCAAGUCAUUUAGCGAUCACGGUUUCUAUUCCCCGUCCUCCACACUGGGGGACUCCCCGUCGGUGGAUGAGUCCUUGGAAUAUCAGGCUGGUCUCCUGGUGCAGAAUGCCAUUCAACAAGCCAUAGCCGAGCAGGUGGAUAAGGCCGCGCCCCAGGCCAGCAAGCCCGGAGCAGAGCAGGGGAGACCUGACACAACCCUCGAGGGAGCUGACACCGGAGUUGCUGGCCCCGAGAAGCCCCAGAGCAUGUUUGAGCCACCUCAAGUUUCCUCUCCUGUUCAAGAGAAAAGGGAUGUAUUAUUACCAAAGAUUCUGCCUGCAGAGGACAGGGCUCUCAGGGAAAGGGGGCCCUCCCAGCUACCGCCAACCGUGCAGCCCAGUGGCCCAGUCAACAUGGAGGAGACCAGGCCCGAGGGGGGCUAUUUCAGCAAGUACUCGGAGGCUGCCGAGCUGAGAAGCACAGCCUCCCUCCUGGCCACUCAAGAAUCCGACGUGAUGGUUGGGCCCUUCAAGUUGAGGUCAAGGAAGCAGCGGACGUUGUCCAUGAUCGAAGAAGAGAUCCGAGCAGCCCAGGAGAGGGAAGAGGAGCUGAAGCGGCAGAGACAAGUCUUGCAGAGCGCACCGAGCCCCAGGACCAGGAACGCCCCGUCGCUGCCCUCCCGAACCACGUCCGGCUACAAAACCGCCCCAGGGAAAAUAGAGAAAGUCAAACCUCCUCCAUCCCCCACAACCGAAGGCCCCAGCUUGCAGCCUGACUUAGCCCCCGAAGAGGCUGCCGGAAUCCAGCGGCCCAAGAACCUGAUGCAGACCCUCAUGGAAGACUAUGAGACACACAAAUCUAAAAGGCGCGAGAGAAUGGAUGAUAGUAGUGUCCUUGAGGCCACACGGGUUAAUCGAAGGAAGAGCGCACUGGCCUUGCGCUGGGAGGCAGGGAUCUACGCCAACCAGGAGGAAGAGGACAAUGAAUAAACUUCCUUCGGCCCAGGAAACGUCUUUGGUGCUUGGGAUACCAAGAAACCAAGAAAUGAUCACAUCAAAGCAUUUUGAUGGACUAUUUAUUAAAGUGCAUACAAACUCAGCAAUCCUUCUGUAGACCAGAAAUUGCAACACACAACAAUGAAGAAUAAAGCAAAAAGGGGGUCCACCCGUCGAAUUCUGAGACCCAGGAGUCAGAAGAAAAAGGAUUUCUUUGUGACUCAAAGAAGCCUCUGGAUUUGGACCAGUCCACAAUUGAUCCAAAAAGACAAAGACAUCAUAAGCAAAUCAACAUAUUUGCUGAGGGCAGACCUUUGACCAGCCUUGGUGGGUGAUGAGGACAGACACUGAGGAUAAGUCCAUUAGUGAGCUGUAGGGCCCAGGCUGUUGCCAUCUGUGUGGCACAGGGUAUUUCUCUGCUCUGGCUUCCCACCCCUUGCUCGUGGCAUCCAAGGUGUUGGAUUGGCACCAUUUUCUCCAGCAGCCAUACAACGAAUGGUGUUCCUCUCUGUGGUUGCCCCAAAGAGGCAGUUAGGAUAAUAUUUCUCUUACAUUUGAUUAUUUUUAAUUGGGAGCAAUUAAUGAUUGCAAUGUAUACAAUCCAUAUUUUUAAGACAAUAUAUCUUCAUGUUGCAGAUGCAAUCUCUUCUACACUAGGAGGUUGAGGAAUGUGGGGUGAGAAAGCCAAACCAAAUGGAUUAUUUUAGCUUUAGGAUCUUGUCCGCUUAUACUCUUGACUGAUGUGUAGUUUAGAAGAACACAUUUUCACAAUUACGUUUCUUCACGUGAAAACUAUAUUUAGUGGGCAACGACUAUUUUUAUGAUGGGAUAGGGGAAUAUAAACAUGAAUAAAACCUGUACACAUUGAACAGCUUGGUUCAAGAUGGUAGGGGUAUUUUUAGAUGGCAAUAAUUGGGGGGAAAAAAAAGGGUCAAACUCUGCCUUAGAGAGGUAGAUGGCAAGAAAUAAAAGUGUUUAUAACUAUUUUGUAUUAUAAAGUGAGCCUUAGAGGUAGUAGGAAGAAGGAAGGGAUGUUUGGGGUCAAUAGAAAGGAAACAUUAAAGUCAAUGAAGGUAGGGGGAGAACGAGGGAGGAGGGAGAGGGAGAAGAAGGACAUGAAAGAGAUUAUUUUUUGGCUGAAUGCUUUUCAGGAUGCUAAAGAGAAAAAUAUAGAAAUUUUAAGUGCAGGCUUGGAAUCAACUACAAAUCCUAAAGAUGGUGUGUGUGUGUGUGUGUGUGUGUGUACACCUUUGUGUGUUUAUGUAACGAGUGUAUGUUCACGGGUGUGUAUAUGUGUAUGUGUGUGUGUGUGUGUGUGUGUGUUAAAUUUCGAUUGCUCACGACACCUGGGUGUACAGUUAUUUCCUCCAAAGAUGUUAGCCAGCAUCAGGAGUGAGUGAGAAUUUCUUUUUUAUGAAAAGGGAUAUAAAGGCACCGAGCUGAUGCAGUAUUUGUAAUAUUAAAUUGACCUAACAUGGUAUUUGCAUGAAUCACAAUUGCAGAGUUUUGAGUAGUUUUGUAAUUUGACAUUUAGGAACGUAUCCUAUUUAUUCCCAUGCUUUGGAUUCAUGCUUAGUAUACACUAGAGGAUGCUAGCUUUACUCUUUUCUGUCAUUUAAAGCAAUAUGAUAAGGGCAUUCAGUAAUUGGGUGCCCUAAAUUUCUGGAUGAGAAAAUAACUAACCAGUCUUCGUUAUUUUUCCUUUGUUUUAAAACCAUUUUUUAAAAGCAAUAAUUAAAUUAGAUCUCAUUAAAAUUCUUUUUUUUUUGUUUUCAUAUUGUUAUGUCAUAAGCUCUGAUAUGUUAUUCUCAUAAGUAGCAAUUCCACAAAACCCGUAUGUAGUGUUACACACAUUAUCUUUGCUUUUUUUUAUCUUUGCUAGUGUUGACUUUGAGGGAAAGUUUAUUCACAAAUGGUGGGCAUAAAGUAAAAAGAUGGAACUGGCCAAUAAUCCCUAAAGAUCCUUUCAAAGUGCCUCCGGUACCUGUCGUAUGCACCCACAUUCUGCAGAUUGUAGCCAACCUUGCAUGUGGGCAUGUGGCAGUUGGGAUGGUUCAUUCUCCUGAAUGUUCAGCCAAGUGCUAGCCAUUGGGGGACACUGAACAAAUAAGACCCCGGAUACAGGAGUUCAUUUUAUAGUGGCAGAGGCUGGCAUGGAGCCAGGUAUUCCCAGGAAGGUGACCUCCAUGUUAGAGCAGAAGUCCUGCCCCAUUGGAAUGGGAGCGCCCAGGAAGGAGGACCGCCGUUUGUCUAAGGAUUUCUGGGCUGAGGACCGAAUGGGAGGGGCGUUCUCUAAGGAGACACAUCAGAGGAGCAGAGGAGGCAGCAGCACCUGUGGCCCCCAAGCACAGUGGCAGUCAGGAUGGUGGCCAGUAGGCUACAUUUAUGGGUUGCUCAGGAAAUACACUGUGCUUCCUGCUUUGGGACAGACACAGAACUCUUAGAGAGCACAGGCGUGCUGUUGACCAACUCCCCCCAUUUUUCACAAGAGGGAACCAUUUUCACCACUUACCUUAAGCUUUUGUUCUGUCUGGAAGGGGAUCUUGUACCCACGGGUCAGCUGCCAUGGAGAAGAGCUGGCGCCUGGGAGGAACGUUAGGAAGCCACCCAGUUCAUGGAAUCACUUUCAAGGCCAGCCACCUUGACUGAACAAGAGGCACUGGUGGCUCUAGAGCCAGGAUCCCUUGGGCCACACUCCACGAAUAGAUGAGGAAAUAAAUGUGAUUUCUGUGACUCUUUCUCCCAGUCACGGACCUGUUUUUACUGUGUCCCCUACAUCUCCAACCUCUACUAGUUCCCCCAAAUUGCCUUCCGGAUGACUGCUAUUUCCUUGCUCUACUCACUGACAAUCCCAUGACAUUCCUAUUAAAAAUGUAAAUUACGGUUCCCCUGGGUAGAGCCAGGUUUUCUCUGUGCUCUUUGGUUUUUUUUAUUCAUUCAAGAAACAUUCCCCCUCACUGCCACCCCAUGCUUUGCGCCAUGGACAGAGCACUGUGCUUUGGGAUUCCACAUGAACCCCUGUAGCUUCCUGAAGAUGGAACAGACCCCUGGAGAAAAGUCUUUCCUGUCUAAUCCACCGGGAGAAAGAGGCUCAGGAAGCUCUCUGCCUCUAAGGCUCGGCCUCACCCUUCCAUAGCGCACAAGCUUGUUAAUGUCAACUAGAACAAAUGUUGAGAUUUUGCAAACUGUUAGAGCCUUCCCGGAAGUAUUCCUUGCUGCAGUGUUUAUGGAUGUUCAGUUUCUUCCAGRGCCGACUAACCACUGACACGCCUUGGUUCUCUCAUCCAGAAAUUAUGGAAACAGGGUCUGUCAGUGACAGAGGUUGGUUGAGUUCUACUUGGAUGACAAUGCAAUUACCCAUGCAUGCUGCCCACCCUAGGCGAUGACAUAGAAGCAGUAUCUAUAUCAGUGUCCACACACACACACACACACACACACACACACACACACACACACUCAUAACAAGAAACACUAAAGCAGUGUUGACUCUUGUCGCUGAAGACAAACAUUUUUUUUUCAAAUGAAGAAUGGAUUUAAUUAAACUAUGUAUUGGGAAAAAAAUAGCCUAAGUAUUAGAGAAGGUGACUAUAUCCAGUUUUAGUUACAGAAUCAAUUUCCUGAAUUUUUAGCAUUCAGUGAGCUGCCAAKUUUGAUUGUGUUGCUCUUUAUCCAGAUGACAUUUUCUUUCUUUUUUUUAUUGGAGGAGGGGGAAAAAAGCAGCAAUACUGUGUUUGAGAAUUAUACUCUGUAUCUGACUUUCCUGUGUAUGUUAACCACUUCGAUGUUAUUAUCCUGCUUCGGUUUUAUAGUGAUUGUGAGGCAUUCAAUGCAAGUAUACAGUUAUUUUCUCAUUAAAAACCCCAUGUGUGUUGUGUUUUUAUAAAGGAUGGCUACUUGUUUAACUGAGGGGAGGUGGGAAGACUAGCCUAACCUUGAGUACAUGCCUGGGCCCUUGGCCCCUGCUUCUGUUGCAGCACGUAUGGGACAAAGGAAUGCCAUUGUAGCAGACUGUCCCCAAAGCCCCUUCUCAAUAUACAAGAUGAUCGGUGGCAAUCCGACCAUCUUGUAUGUUUGGUGGUGCCAAAGCACCACCCGCACCCCUCCCC